AUGUAGCACUGAUAUAGCAUAGCACGUUUCAGACAGAUAUUGAUUCCAAGUUAGGAGUAAUUUCAGGUAUAACAGAAGAACCAAUUUGAUUUGUGACAGAGGAUAUAAGGAAAGACUGACAUGUUGUUAAAGCGAAUAUAUCAUGCAUAACGUUAUCGUACGUCUUUUAAGAUUUGGCAAGUAACGUAGUCUACUUGCGUUAACUGUCAAGCUACAGCAACAUUAGCUAGUUCUACGUUUGCUCACUGGCUGCAAAGCUUUUACUACCGAACACUCUACUUCUAACAUUAGUCUAGAUCUACAGUUUUACGAGAUGGUUCCGUAACUGUUAGUGGCUUUAUCAGGAAAAUUAAAGUCUAACUUACGGACUUCGGUAUUUCUCUGUUCUCAACCCCACUGUUGUUGUUGAGUGAUGUCUGCAAUGUGCCAUACAUUUAUGUUUAUUUCAGGACGACCCCUCACUAGAGAGGCACUUCAAAGGCCACCGAGAUGCAGUUACAUCUGUUGAUUUCAACUGCAACAUGAAACAAAUAGCCACGGGAUCCUUGGAUUCGUGUCUGAUGAUAUGGAACAUGAAGCCUCAGAUGAGAGCAUACAGAUUCGUUGGUCACAAAGACGCAGUGCUCUCAGUACAAUUCUCACCUUCGGGCCACCUGGUGGCCUCUGCAUCCAGGGACAAGACCGUCCGUCUCUGGGUACCUAGUGUAAAAGGUGAAUCAACUGUGUUCAGAGCACACACUGCCACUGUCCGCAGUGUCAGCUUCUCCAAUGAUGGCCAGUCCUUGGUCACUGCCUCUGAUGACAAAACAAUCAAAGUCUGGACUGUCCAUCGGCAAAAGUUCCUCUUUUCCCUCAGCCAGCACAUAAACUGGGUGCGCUGUGCUAAGUUUUCACCAGAUGGACGAUUGAUUGUGUCAGCCAGUGAUGAUAAAACUAUAAAGAUAUGGGACAAAAACAGUCGUGAAUGCAUACAUUCCUUUUAUGAACAUGGAGGCUUUGUGAACUACGCUGACUUUCAUCCAAGUGGCACCUGCGUUGCAGCAGCAAGCAAUGACAACACAGUGAAAGUGUGGGACAUUCGAACCAAUAAACUUCUGCAGCACUAUCAAGUGCACAGUGCAGCGGUAAAUGGUUUGUCCUUUCAUCCUACUGGGAACUACCUUAUCACGGCCUCUAAUGAUUCUACGCUGAAGAUCCUGGACUUGGUGGAAGGAAGGCUACUUUACACGCUACAUGGCCAUCAGGGUCCUGCAACAUGUGUGGCAUUCUCUAAGACUGGUGACUACUUUGCUUCUGGAGGCUCUGAUGAACAGGUGAUGCUAUGGAGGACCAACUUUGAUGCAGUGGAUUAUGGGGAGGUAUUGCGCAAUCAGCAACAUAAGUGCUUCAGCAGUGAGGAGGGAGUGGCACAAAAUGGAGCCUCAAGCAGAUCUCAAGGACCCAACUCUUCCAUGCAGCAUAGAAUACAGUCACGUGAAGUCACUGAGCAGUCCAGUAGCAGGGGCUCUUCUUGUGAGAGGAGUCGGAAAAGAAGCCAGAGUGGACUUACCAGAACCUCUAGAGAUCCAUGUACCCAGCCGCUGCCCAUGGAACAGCAGCAGGAACAACAUCCUUCAGCUGCACAGGAAAAAGGGAUACCUGCUGCCCUUGCUAACACUCUGGAGCACAUAGUGGCCCAACUGGAUGUCCUUACACAGACGGUGGCAAUCCUGGAACAGAGGCUCACUCUAACCGAGGACAAGCUGAAGGAGUGUAUUGACAACCAGCAGAAGAUCGUACUGCAACAACAGCCUGGGGAGUGAACGCUUUAUUCUUCCAUAAAGGAAGAGAGUGCUCCUGGUCUACUUACUCCCUCUUUUUUCACAGUUUUGCUCCGGUCCACCCCCACCUCUGACCCCUUCCCGAAAAACGUUCAACUCAGUCAGCAGCACAAAAGUGUGCCAAUCAAAGCUGACCCACACGCUAUGGACAUGUGGGAUAUUCAUUUGGAAAACCACUUCAGAGAAGACAGUUGUUACUGGGUUGUAGGUGUGGUGUUGUGCUUGGUGAUCAGGUGUAUUUGUUUUUCUCCUGAUAAAAGUCCGAGUUGUAGCAUUAAUGCCCUUGAGGACAUAGCUUUCAGUCUUGUCAGGUAAGGGACAUUUGCUGAAAGUGAACGGUCUACACCCCUGCAAUGCAGUAUCACACAAAAUGUAACAAAACACUCAUUUUCAAGCAAUUUAAUAAAAGUGAAUAUCACGAUAGAUAACCAUGAAGGAAGCAGACUCUUUGGGUGCCUUAGUAUUGAUAUUGAUAAUAUUGACACAAAAUGUAAGUCUCCUUUGAAGCUUUGCAACUGUCUACUGUAGUGUGCGAUUUUUUGUGUUUGAGGUGUGUCACUUGACUUGAAGUUCUUCUCUGAACUUAACUGAAAUUAUUUAAGACUUUAAAUGUGGACAUACUUUAUGUAUCAAAGUGUUAUACUGUUAAAAGUUGUUAGACAAAAUCUAUUUUAAUAUGUUCAAUGUUUAAUAAAACCAAAA